AAUUUACUCAAAAGCUCAGUGUCAACGCGUCUUUGUGCUCAGCAUCAGCGAAAUGAAGUCGUUUACUGUUUUUUUGCUGCUCACCCUUGGCAUUGUCGCCUGUAGUGCCAGGCAUCAUCAUGAAGCUGAUGCACCUAAGCUGCCCAUUACGCUCUAUUAUGAAGCCCUCUGUCCCUACUGCAUGCAUUUUGUAACCACUCAGCUGAACCCGUCGAUGGUGCGCAAGGAUCGACUGCACUACACGAACCUAACCCUGGUGCCCUUCGGCAACGCCCACCUGAACGAGAAGGGUGAGGUGACCUGUCAGCACGGCGAGGACGAGUGCGAGCUGAAUGCCUGGCAUGCCUGCAUACUGGAGCACAACGACAUCAACAUAUCACUAAAGCUAAUUGCCUGCAUGAUGCGCGGUCGCAAGAAUAAUCUAGACAAGUGCGCCAAUAGAUAUGGCAUUGAUGUGACUGCUGUGAAGGACUGCAAGAGCGCGCGCAGCGUGGAUGAGAUAUUACAGAAAUAUGCUGAGGCGACGGCUCAAGUGGACUUUCGAGGGGUGCCGGCCAUAGCAGUGGAUAAUGAAUUCAAGUCUGAUGACCAGGAUGAACUGACGGAUAACUUUGACCAAACAUUCUGUGCCAAGUACAAAGCCAAGUUUAACAUAAGACUCAAGAAUUGUUAGCAAUAUGCCAAGCAAUGUAGUUUUAUGAACAUUUAUAGUUGCAAAUAUACAAAUAUAUACAUAAAUUG